AGCUAGCUUUUGACAGAAAAGGACUCGGAACAGGCGAUAAAAUGUUAUUUGUUAUAAUGUUUUUGUAAAUGUUUCAAAUUGGUAAAAAAAGAAUGUAAUUACAAUGGGUGGUUGUAUAGGAAUAACUAGGAGCAGGAGCGGGCCCAUAGAGGAAUCUUCAGGCACAGUGUCUCGACCAAAUUCAGGUGGCUUACGAAAAAAUCAGUCACUGUGCCAUGAGACAAUUCGAUGGAAGUCAGACGUGCCAUUGACUGAGGGACAAUUGAGGAGCAAACGCGAUGAAUUCUGGGACACGGCGCCGGCGUUCGACGGACGGAAAGAGAUUUGGGACGCGCUGCGGGCCGCUGCAGUGGCCGCUGAAGCUAUGGACUUUCAGCUUGCUCAGGCCAUACUGGACGGGGCCAGUGUUUCUGUACCCAAUGGAUACCUCACAGAGUGCUAUGAUGAAUGGGGAACUAGAUAUCAGGUGCCAAUCUACUGUCUAUCAGCGCCCAUAAACAUGGUGAAGGAGGCGAGUGGACGUGACUCGCCAGCCGACUGCUCUGAGCCAGUGGAGGCUGGCUCCGAGAUGGCACUGAGAUUGAGGCUCUCCACUACUUGCAAGGAUCUGAUGCUGCCGGUUGGCUCGAGACACACUAUAGCACAUUGCAAGGCUAAGUUGCAGGCGCAGGAGGGCAUAGAGGUGUGGCGGCAGCGCUGGUUCUACGGCGGCAAGCUGCUGGGCGACCGCCUGCCGCUGGAGGAGGCGCGCAUCACGAUCAGAUCCGAAAUGCUAAAACGAUGUUGA